AUGAAUUUCGAAGACACCGAUGAAGGAUUAGUCGUAGUCAAAUCAGAUGGUCAGUUUGCUGUGCCUCCGAAUGAAACACCGGAAGAAGAUGCCAAUGGUGCCAUCAACUAUUAUGCUCGAAUUGAAAGAGGAGAAUCAAAAGAUAUUCUUUGGCGAGAAAAGCUUGGGAUGGCGUUGGCAGAUCAACUGCGCGAGAAAAGGGGACAGCAGAUACGCUCGCGAAUAUUGAAGGAAUUACCAAAUGGCUAUUCUCUAUACUGCCAUUAUUCACGUAGAGAUCAAACUGUUGAUCUCAGAAAAGAUGUAUACCUAUAUGGGAAAGUUGGAUCUCCGCGUUUUCGUUCACCUAACGAGUUUGCACCACAUUUAUACUGGCUUGCCACAAACAGGGAGGAGCCAUGCAAGUGUAAAUAUUGCGGAAAACUAAAGAAUACGCCACAAGUUAUUGUCGAGAGAAAAAGAACCAGAAUGAGUAUCACGUCAACGGCUGUUGCGACUAUUGACAAAAGUAAUAAAAAGCCCAACAAUGUAAAAAUAUCAAAGAAGGGAAAGAUUUCUCGAACAUUUCGACUUGGCGAAAUCGUAUGGUUCGAUAUAAGUGACGCAUCAGAUUCCAAUUUCGCGUCAAUUGCUGGCCUGGUUGAUCUAGACAACCAGGAUCAUGUAUUACGAUAUUGGCCGUCUGUUAUCCAUCAUGUCGGGCAAGAACAACGACAACUGCGACAACGCCCAGAUACGGAAGGUGACAAGACGCUUUACACCGUCCAGCUUCUGGCAUUAUCAAUUAAUGAAAUCGUAACGAAAACAUCACUACGUCCCUGGCUUUUCUGUCGACCAACAACUUUAACAAAAGCGUCAACAGACAGCUUGGUUAAAGUCAACAAGACAAAUUAUCAGUUGUUAAGCUAUUAUGAAGCCUACGAAAAAGCAAUCAAUGCAGUAAAUAACGUAAUAAAAUCCUAUUGCCCCAGGAAAGACUACGUCUAUGUAGAGACGAGAACAAGGUUAAAAGCUGUUGAAGAGCGAGAAAAAAUUCGGAUGAAUCAAAUGACCGCAUUUCCUCAUUAUCGUGAGAUAUUUUUCGGUGCAGAAAAAAUCAGAGAAUGGGAUUUUGUACGAUUGCGCCCUGAAAGUCAAUUAUCUUCCUCGGAUGGUUCAACGUCAUCAAUGGCGAAUAAUGAAGCUGCAACAGAGAGAAAUGAAUAUUUUCAUAUAUCUACCAUAUAUUACCAUCGAGGAAAAGGAAUUCAAUUCACUGGGGAUCUAUAUGAAAUGGCUCUGCCAGCUCUUACAGAAAAACCUACAAUCGAAGAACAUUUCAAUUGGAUACCACUUAAUGAAACCAAUGAAGAAUAUACCAUCGAGCUGUCAGAUGUCAUGGGUCGCUUCUACGUAAAUUACCCGAAUCUUGAUGAUUCCAUGCCUAUAAAAGAAAAUAACAUGAAAGAUGAAAAUGGACGCAAUGAACUUUUAGCAAUCACCAAAAAAAGACCUUUGCAAGGUCCUGAAAGCAAACAGCUCGUUAAAAAACCAAAACCCCAUGAUAAUCAUUCGAAUAGAAAUUCUUCAAGGUCUUCAGAUAAACCUCAAGAAAAAGGAAAGGUCGCAAGUAAUAAAGAAGCUGGAAAAUCCACGAUAGCAGAUUCAGCUCGAACAACGGAUGGAGCUACGUCAAGUUUACGUCCUGAUAAUCCUCCAGCCAACGUGUGUUGGUCUGGUAAAAUUUCGUGGCCAAAGUCUGCAGACCAGCGAUCUUUGCAAGGGGCGCCAUCGUUGUCUCUACAUAUACCCGAGAAAAUAUCUUGGUACUUUGGCAUCGAUAUUAUGGCAUAUUCAAUACCAGUUGUUUCAACACAAAAACGCAAUGUCUAUGAACAUUUUCCGAGAAAUUUGACCAUUUCAGCUAUAUCUAACCUUGCGCCGUUUCAAGCUUAUGACCAAUCAAUGGGAGAUUUGGUGCAUUUCUUCCCGGACUCUAAUUAUCCUUUUCCUGAGAAUAAUAAUCUUAAUUUUAGCGUGUUAGCAAAGACCUUGGAAAAUAACAACAUCUCAGCAGUUGCUUCUUCCGGGAAGCUCACUGUCUUUUUUAAAUCUGACGAUGGUACCAACAUAAUUGGUCUUUGUGCUCGUGAUCAUCGGGAAUCAACAAUUCAAUAUAGUAGGAAUCCAGCGUCAAAAAAUUUACAAUGCGUCAACAUAAAAAACGAACUGCAACAAACAAUUGAGAUGUCCAACUUGAGAAAUAUCACGGAUCUAAUCCGCGAGAUAGUCGAGGCAUUCAGCAUUCCUUUGCGAGGCUUGAAAAAACCCGAAGACAUUGGGUUGAGAUUUCUUGAUAAAGACCAACAAUUGUACCACGUCCUUGGAACAUCAUCUUCAUAUGAACUCCCCGCCCGCGCGGAUUCUAAAUUUACUGAUUCUUUGGAUUUUGUCAAAGAGCAUGCAGCAAAAUUGAUAAUAGAAUAUGAAAUGCAAGCGUCAAUAUAA